CCAGCAGAUCUAUGGGGGGGAAAAAAUCGACAAGAGACGGAAUAACGGUACACUCCAACAUGUAUGGAGCUUGUCCUCGCAUUUAACCGCACCGCAUCCGCGUCUGCUGCUGCGAUGGAGACGUGAAUAAAUGUGCGCGAAGACGGACGCUGUGAACGCGUUUUGGGGCUGAAGAAAUCAAGCGGUCCACCAUUGUCUGCGGAAAAAAUCAGAAUGGCCUGGAUGUGGAAGAGGAAGCCUUUGAUCGCCACCAGUCUAAUCGUGGCUGUAUCACUCUUUGUGGUUGUAGUGAACUACUCCGAGAAGCCCUACGUCCUCUUGCAGCCGGUGUUUGGUCAGACUUUCAGCAGCCACUGGAUGUUCUCCAAGCAGCCAUACAAGGCCUACAAGCCUAACCUAGGCUAUGUCAGCAUCCCCAGACAGGAGCCCCUGAAGCUGCACUGUGAGCUGUGCAGCAUUGUGUCCAGCUCUGGGCAGAUGUUGGGUCAGGCUGCCGGCCCGCAGAUCGACCGCUCUCCCUGCAUCUGGCGGAUGAACAACGCUCCAACGAGGGGAUUUGAGCAAGACGUUGGCCGACGAACCACUCUCCGGGUGGUCUCCCACACCAGCGUACCACUGCUGCUGCAGAAACCCCAGUACUUCUUCGGUCAGGGCAACGACACCGUCUACGUUGUGUGGGGACCACUACGAAACAUGAGGAAGGAUGGGAAGGGCAUCGUCUACAAUAUGCUGCGACAGGCUUCAGAGAACUACCCCCAUGCUCGUAUCUACGUCACCACAGAGGACAGGAUGAACUAUUGUGACAUGGUUUUUAAGAAGGAGACGGGAAAAGACAGGAUCCAGUCUGGCUCCUACCUGAGCACCGGGUGGUUCACGCUCAUCCUCGCCAUGGACAUGUGCAAAGAGAUCCAUAUCUACGGCAUGAUAAAUGACACUUACUGCAAGACGGAGGGUUACAGAAGGGUUCCCUACCACUACUAUGAGGCAGGCAGCCGGGACGAGUGUGCAGAGUACCUCCUUCAUGAGAGCGCUCCCUAUGGUGGACACCGUUUCAUUACAGAGAAGUCUGUUUUCGCCAAGUGGGCCAAGACUCACGCCAUCAAGUUCUUUAACCCACCAUGGCAGCUGUCGUGACCCUGGUUGAACCAGCACGGAAAUAUUAUUUACGUCCCCUUCAUCGGCAUCCAGAGACAAAAUGAAUCUCUGCACUGUCACAAACAAAGACAAGCAUCCAUUCUGACACAAGUUUCACCUAAUAUCUCUUACUUAAUCCAGUCCUGGUUGGUCACAGGUUGAACCUCCAGAAUCAGGCAACUGAGUCAGACAAAUGUCCAACCUGGACAGCAAUGCCAUAUCUCUUUCUUGAAUUGUAAGUCUCCUUUUCCUGAACUUUAUAGUUGAAGAACUGUGUGCACGGCUCACUGCUCUGCACUGAUUAAUCAGUCCUUUCGAUGCUCUGUGAGUCUAGAAAA